AUGGUCGACGACUACACAGUAGCAACACUAGCAUGGAAAGACGCCCCGCCCUUCGCCCCCGCCCUCCCGCCCCACCUGCAUAGCUCGAUCGGCUUUGCAUUGCUCGCGAGCGCAUUCGGGCUCGGCUUCCUAUUCACCACGCUGCCGAAAGCCGGCUUCCCGACCACCGAGCUCAUCCCCGCCCUCAUGGCCUCCGUGCUCACCGGCUUCGGCGUCGUCUUCCUCUUCAACGCCGCCGGCGUAUACGUCUGA